CGAGCGCCGCUAGCGAUAAACGUUAGCGCUCUAGCAAAUCAAUCUAUUAUUCGAUGAAUCCUUUCUAUAUUAAUCAUCACACACGAUCGAUUUGUGAAUGGUGAUUAUUAAAGCUUAAUUAACACGGCGUGGGGGAAAUAAUCGUGUUUAUAUUCGUGUUUUGAGGAGGAUUUGUCGUGAGGAAACGGCUGACUUGAGGAUAUGGAUUCUGCUGCAAGAACUAAAUCGAGCAAAGACUUGAAGAUUCAGCGACCUGAAAAUGAGAAGAUAUCUGGCAGUGGACCCAAAAGAGUUCCAGUUGCGCAGGGUGUUCAGAAGCCUGUAACGACGCCUCACACGCGUGUGCUGGGCAUGGCACAAGGGCCGCAGCGGAUUCAGCGGCCAGCGAGUCAGCAGAAACCCGUUACACCCACAGUUCCUGUGAAAACCUCCUGCCCUGGAGACCAGAACAUCCACCCUGAGCAAUCCAAAACACCCUUGCAAAAUAAACCACAGCAGAACCAACCAAAACCAAAUGUCCAGAACGCCGUUACUGCAGCCGAGUCCAGCAAACAGGACAAACCUCCCCAAACGCCUGCCAAUGCAAUGUCCAAUAGUGCCAAGAAAGCGUGGAGUUUAGAGAACUUUGACAUUGGCCGAGCUCUGGGCAAAGGCAAGUUUGGUAGCGUGUAUCUGGCCAGAGAACGUCAGACGAAAUUCAUUCUGGCGCUCAAGGUCCUGUUUAAGAAGCAGCUGGAGAAAGCGGGUGUGGAGCAUCAGCUGCGGAGAGAGGUGGAGAUCCAGUCCCAUCUCAGACACCCAAACAUCCUGCGUCUCUAUGGUUACUUCCACGACACGGCCCGUGUUUACCUCAUCCUGGAGUUUGCUCCUAAAGGAGAACUGUAUGGAGAGCUCAAGCGCUGCGGGACGUUUGAUGACCAAAGAAGUGCCACCUAUAUAAUGGAGCUUGCCGAUGCUCUGAGCUACUGUCACUCAAAGAACGUGAUCCACAGAGACAUUAAACCCGAGAAUCUGCUGCUGGGUGCCAACGGAGAGCUCAAGAUCGCAGACUUUGGGUGGUCUGUGCACACUCCCUCAUCCAGGAGAUCAACGCUGUGUGGGACACUGGACUAUCUCCCGCCAGAGAUGAUUGAAGGCAAGACUCAUGAUGAGAAGGUGGAUCUGUGGAGUCUUGGAGUGCUCUGCUACGAGUUUCUGGUCGGCCGUCCACCUUUUGAAACCAAGAGCCAUGAAGAGACUUACCGCAAGAUUUCCAGAGUUGAGUUUACUUACCCAGCACACGUGAGUGAAGGCAGCAGAGAUCUGAUCAAUAGACUACUGAAGCACAACCCCAUGCACAGACUGCCCAUCCAGGGGGUCAUGGUGCACCCGUGGGUCGUGGAGAACUCCAUUAAGAAGCCAACCACUCACACAGCCGCCGAUUAAAGACUGCGCUGGUUUAGCUGCUUUGAACUAUGGGAACAAAGACUGAUGGAGUAAACAACAUUUGUAUGUAACGUGUUGUGCUGUUUAAAUAUGUAAUUGUUAAUAAGACACACAUUGUAAAGUUUUAACCAUUACUUGAAACAAUAAAUGUUUUUGUUAUUAUAAGGGAUUUCAAUCGUGAGAUUUUGAUGUAUAUCACCAACUGAUAUUGUGCUUGGAAUAAAUUAUGUUUUC